GUUGCUCUGGGCUAAUCUAGUGGUACAGAGAUAAUUAUGUUAGAGGCAUUUCCCUAGGGGUAAAGUUUAGGGACAAGGAAGAUAGUCUGAAUAAUGAGAAUAAAGGCAGAGGGUGGGUCAGGAAUGAAAGCAAGAGAGGGAGGGUGCAUGUAUCAGACUGAGUGCACUAUUGGAGAUAUAUGUCAGUAUCAGUCUGUGAAUCACAAGGCUCAUUAUCAGCGCAACACCCAACUGUGCAGGACGAAGUUCAGGAGACCUUCAGGCAUUCACUGAAAGUCAGAGAGCAGCAGGAAAGUCCUAUUAAGGUGAUACGACAGAGGAACAAGUGUGUAACACACACAGGAAGCUCACACUACACAUGCCAGACACAUGAAGCAGAUACAAAGUGUGUUGCACCAACACAAAGUGCAGGAAAGGAGCCAGGAAUUGGGACUGGGAGAGGGGAGAAGCACACACCUACAGUCACGCACACAGGGAGAGGUACACAACAAGUUACAGCACAGUGGACUGUGAUCUCAAAUAAAACAAUGUUACCAAGCAAUGAGUCGCAGGUUUCCACGUGUCCCCCAAAUGCAUCUGACUUGGAGAACUGUUAUAACCACUCCUCUCCAUCAUCUCUUACACUGCUCCUGGUGGGAUACAGCCUACUGAUGCCAGUUGGGGUGCUACUGAAUGGCAUCUCCCUGUAUGUAUUCCUUCGGUUUAUGAGACCGCUAAGCGUGGUGGGCAUCUUUCUGUGCAACCUGGCACUCAGCGACUUGCUCUUCUCACUUUCCCUGCCUCUGAGAAUUUACUACUAUGCCAAUCACUACUGGCCCUUUGGACCUUUUCUCUGUCGUCUUGCUGGAUCCAUUUUCCACAUCAACAUGUACGGCAGCUGCCUGUUCCUGCUCUGUAUUAAUGUGGACCGUUACUUGGCCAUUGUGCAUCCCCUGCGAUUUCGCCAUCUGCGUCGGCGCAAGGUAGCCCGAUUAACUUGUGUGGCCGUUUGGCUAAUGAUAAUAGGUGGGUCAGUCCCCGCAGCCAUUGUGCACAACUCUUCUGAUUGUUUACUGGAUGGCAUAAAGGUGUCUCGUUGCUUUGAAGCUUUUAACAUGUGGGAUAAAGGGGUCUUGCCUCUAUUGGUGGUGGCUGAGGUUCUGGGAUUCUUGUUGCCACUAGCAGCCGUGCUGUAUUGUUCUUGCCACAUAUUUGUGGAGUUAUGUCGGGCCCAGGAGAUAGGCCAGGGGAGACAUGGCAAAACUAUUAAACUUCUGUGCCUCAAUCUUGCCAUCUUUCUCUUCUGUUUUGUCCCCUAUAACACAACACUCGUGGGGUACGGACUUCUAAGGGGCAAUUUGGUGGAAGAUACAUGGAAUAUAAAGCCAACCUUGAAGAAAAUUAUUUCCGUGACUGUGCUGUUUGCCAGCACUAACUGUGCCCUGGACCCCUUGAUUUAUUACUUUAGCACUGAAGGCUUCCGAAGGACUCUGAGCAGGAUGAGUGGUCAGAGGACGCAGAAGCUCUUCACCAGUCAAGAGACUAAAAGGACUAACCACAAUGGCUCCAGAAAGCCAAGACCCAGCACUAUCUCAAGGGCCACGGAAGACUCUAAGCUAAAAGCAAAUGAGACCAAUGGCAAAGAGGGGAAAAAACUUAUAGAGGAAUCAGAGAUCUGAGUAUGUUGAGGGUAGAACAGUGGAAGUAGAUCCAAUGAAUGUUAUAUGGUGCUAUUCAAUUUACACCUGGCAGAACGUUUUAUUUUAGAAAGGGGCAACAGGCUCCGCAAGGGGAACUACUGCCAUGGUCCAAGUCGUUGGAAUCAGCCUUGAUAUGAAUGAUUGUCAGGUCAGUUUGAGAGGAAUAUUAUUAUUUGGGACUGCAGUGGAUGGUGCCUGGAGAUGCCUAUGGCUCCACUGUUUAUAAUAAUCAUAACAACUGCAUUUCAAUAACCAUGUACUUGUCCAGGUUCUUUGUACUGUCUGCUCCUGGGCUGCUCUCUUUGGAACUUGGUCCCAAACAUCACAUCUCUUUGGGUUCCAGAGGCACCCCUGUCUCAUUACACCGCUCCCCGCAAAAAGCCCAAUUAUCACUUUCAGUUUUGUUCAAGGCCCACACCUACUUGUUACGGGGAAAAAGAGCAACCCAGGAAGGACAGUCUGAACCUUGAACCUGAAUGUGUAUUUGGCAUGUGAUCGGUGGCACUCGUCGGGAGAUAAAUCCGGUGGAACGACAUUUCAUCCCAUAUGUAUAUCCCUUUGGUCAUUUAUAUAAUAAACAUAUACCCAUAUAAGACUUUAGAAGGACAAAAAUAGACAGCAGCGUCCUAUAUUCCCUACGGAGAAGACAACCUAUGUGUCAGCUGCCAUUGAUAUGUAUAAAUGCAGAUCUGCUGAAAUGCACCUUUCUGGGCACACAGUAGGCCAUGGCCACGUACCGUACUAUUUAUAAAACAUAAUUAGAUGAUUCAACAAACUUUUGAUGUCUAUGAGUGCACAGAGGUGUGUGGGAGCAGGUUAGAAGCAGUUUGUGAUGGCAGAGGCCCAGUAUCACUUUAUGUGGGGUUUUAAUAUUGACAUUACUGAUUGUAAAUACUCCUGUUACACUUUCCCUUCCUAUCCAAUGAUAUUUUAUAACAUGAAAAGAUUGGUUCUGCAGUGUCCCUUCAUUAAUAACACCUCCCCGAUCCGUCCAUGUAUGUUGAGGCCUUCUUUACUUAAGCACAUUUUUAUAUUUGGGUUAAAACAUUUUUAAUCUUGUAAGUGCCAAGGUCUUUUAAUCUAGCCGUGGCACCAGUGAGAUCAAAGCCAGAAACACAAGAUCUUGGCACCGUAGGUCACUUUUGGUUAUAAUGAUAUACACAUAGAAAGGCCUCAUACAGCCGGGUAAUGGAUUAAUCAUUAAUUAGGGAAUUUUGCAAGGAGAUGAGCAAAUGUCAAUGGUGUUCCCCUCGUUCUUAAAAAGGGUCCAAACAUACAACAAGGCAGUGUUCCUGCUGUAGUUCCAUGAAUCUCUAAUGAUAUUCAGGCUGGCUCCUAGGAUAAUAAAUAUUCACCCCAGAUAUUACCCUAAUGGAACCACCAUCUUCGCACCAACCUUAAUUAGGAACCUCUGCCUUAAUGGGAUACUUUACUGCAUUACUUGAGGGGGUUUAAGGUUUUAUGUUCAUUGUGCUUAUUUUCUGCACUAGAAGAAUGUGUGUCACAUGGGUGUGAAUUAUGAAAGAAACAUAAAGUAGUAGCCCACAACAGCCAAUCAGAUAUCUUGUAAGUAAAUUCUUCCUGCUGGUUUCCUGUUGGUUACCAUAUGUGGAAUAAUCUUUGCAGAUGUAUUACAUUACUCUGAAUUA